GCAUGGUGGCGGCAAGAGAUGUGAGUUUGAGGGUUGCACCAAAGGGGCCGUCAGCGGUGGGAUGUGUGUAAGGCAUGGUAACAUGACCAACAGGACUCCCGCUCGGAUCAUACAAGCCGUCAAGUCGUUGCCGGAUACUGCAGUGGUCUCGCCAGGGCCCAUCGUGGCUCAGAGUUUCGGCCAAGUCCUGAACAAGCCAUUCCUAGGUCUGAGUG